AUGGCGAAAGGGGGCAAGAACUCUGGAGGCCGUACGCCGCAAGACUUCAGCGAUGCACGUGUGACCACCGACCCACGUUUCGCAAAGGUCCACACCGACCCUCGCUUCUUGAAACCGAAACGCGACGAUACCAAGGUCGUCGUUGACGAACGAUUCAAAGGUCUUUUCCAAGACGACAAUCGCAAGAAAAACAAGAGCGACAAGUACGGGCGUAAAAUCAGUAAGCGUCAGAGCGAUGCCGAGCAGAUGAAGCGGUUCUAUCGCUUGGAGGAUGCCGAUCUGGCUCCGAGCAAGAGUGACGAGGAGGAGCUCGAGAGCGACCAAGACGACGAUAAUGCUGCACCGGUAGACUAUGCGCGUGGUGAAGGCGAUCUGGACAGCAGCUCUGAAGAAGACUCCUCGGAAGAUUCGGACGAUCAAGAUGAAUCUAGCGAGGAUGACAGCGAAGACGAUAGUAGCGAAGAUGACCAUGUAAUGAUCGGCCCUUCGAGCGUCAUUGACCGGGAGAAGAGGAAGCAGGCUACGCGUGCGGCCCGAUUCGACGAGCAUGACGACGAAGACGACGGUCUCGGAUCCGACAUAGGCGAAAUCGACUUGGACGAAGAUAUCGACGAAGCGGUCUAUGCGCAGCUUGAUGCACAGGCCGAACGAGCGAUUGCCGAAGGCGGCAUUGAAGACGACGAAUCUAAUUCUGAAGCCGAACCUGCUUCUCGCAAGAAGACUAAGGGCAAGCAAAAGGAACAGGCACGCAAAUCCAAGUCAAAGUCGAGUCAGAGCAAGAUUCCACGCGGAGACGACACUUGUCGCCUCGCCGCGGUGAACCUCGAUUGGGAUCACGUUCGAGCCAAGGACAUCUACAAGGUCUUUAGCAGUAUCGUCUCUCCUCUCGCGUCCAUCUCUGCUGCGGAUGCACUUGAAGCGCAUCGUCGAGACGCCACUGCCGCACCAAGCUCGACAUCAUCCUCGCGCGCACGAGCAGCACCUGCCAUCUCGCAGGUGCGCGGCAAGCUUCUCCACGUCCGCGUCUACCCAAGCGAUUUUGGCAAGGAACGAAUGGCCAAAGAGGAUCUCGAAGGUCCGCCUCCCGAAAUCUUCAAAGGAUCCAAACGACGCAAUCGCAACGACGACCAUGACUCAUCCGAAGACGAAGAAAUCACCGCCAAGACAAUUGUCCAAGUGGACGAAGGCGGAGAAUUCGAUGAAGAAAACCUUCGCAAAUACCAGCUCGACCGACUGCGCUACUACUACGCCGUCGCUACGUUCGAUAGCAAAGAAACGGCGCGUCACGUGUACAACGAGAUUGACGGUACCGAAAUGGAACGCACUGCCAAUGUGUUUGACCUGCGCUUUGUGCCGGACGGCAUGGAGUUCCCUGAUGGAGAAGAGGGCCGCGAUGCCGAGUUCAGGGACCAAGCUACCGAGGAUGUCGCCAAUUACAAGGGGGUCGACUUCAAGACGGAUGCAUUGCGACACUCGCGAGUCAAGCUCACGUGGGAUCAGGACGAUCCUGAACGCUCCAAGUUGACGCGCAUGGUGGCUCGCGGUGGUUUGACCAAGGAGCAAUUGCGCGAUGACGAUUUUAAAGCAUACCUCGCCUCCGAUACGGAAUCUGAACCUGACCAGACCGAAGUCGCAGCCAAGAAUGGACGAGACCGUCUGCGUGCUCUGCUGAACUUGCAUGGCGCUCAAGAUGCGACUGGCUUUGGAAACAAGGGCAAGCGCAACGGCGGAGUAUUUGACGAUCCACGUCACGACGAUGAUGAACAGGGCGAGAUGCAGAUCACUUUUAUGCCUGGACUGUCCGAGGCUGCUGCCAAAAAGGCAGUCAACGGCAGCAAGAAGGCAGGCGAUGGCGAUAACGAUGGAGACGAGACGACGCUGGAAAAGUACCUUCGCAAACAGAAGGAGAAGAAGGAGCGCAAGAAAGCCCAGCGUUCUGGUAUUGACGAGGACGCAAUGCAAGCUCGCGAUGAGCAAGCCGAGACUGGCGGUAUCGACAGCAAUGAUGCUGGCUUUGACGAUCCAUUCUUCAACGAGGACAUGGACAUGGAAGCGGCUCUUGCUGCUGAAUUCGGUCAAGGAGCUCCCCCCACCAAAACCAGCAAAAAAUCCAAGAAAGCCACCCGCGACCUCGACACUCGGCUAGACCCCAGCGAAGUCGCCCGUCAACGAGCGCAACUUGCUACGCUCAUCGGCUCCACCAACGAUGAGCUCACCGCCGACGGUCGUCAGCACUUCGAUAUGAAGGACAUUCUGCGUCAAGAGUCCGGCAAAGACGCCAAACGAGCUAAGCUGCUUAAACGACUGUCCAAGAACAAGCAACGCGAAGAAGCUGCUUUCCAAGAGCUCAAGGGCGCACCUUUGGUCCAGGAUACGUUCGAAAUUGAUGCCAAGGAUGACCGUUUUAGCGCGUUGAUGGAUGAUCAUCGAUUUGCGAUCGAUCCGACACAUCCCGGAUUUGCAAAGACGAAGGCUAUGCAGAAGAUCAUGGAAGAGAGGAGAAAGCUGUUGGAUCGUGCGGAUCGAGAUGAGGUGAUACAGCACGGCGUCCAAACCAAAACUGGAGGCGAGCAUGCGAACAACCAAGACCGAGAGCUGUCGGCAUUGGUCGAGAAAAUUAAGCGACGGAGCGAUGCGAAUGGAGAUGCUUCGCAAGCAUCCAAUAAGAGAAGAAAGCGUAAGUCGGACGCAUAA